AUGGUGCAGAGGGCUUCAAUGGCCUCCAGGCGCAUUGUUCUUGGCCUUUGCAGCAGGCCAAGUGCAAGCCGCAGCCCCCUAAUUCGCAUCGAGCCUGUCCGACAAUAUGCUUCAACCAGCCUCGGCCAAGCUGGUACCACAGAGGCGCCAAUGCAAUAUUCGCCUGCGACGAAACCCCCGAGCGUACGACCAGCAGAGACGAGGAAAAGCCAGAUGAUCCGAACAUACACAUCUCUUCUGCGCACGACACCCUUGAUCCUCUUCUUUCAGCACAGCAACUUAACAGCUAUCGAAUGGGCUGCUGUGCGGAGGGAGCUCAAAAAGGCCGUAUCAGCAGUUCCCUCUACAAUCAUCGGACCAGGUGGACAACCGAUUGACAUCAGCAACAGCGUGCAACUGCAGGUUUUGAGGACAAAUAUGUUCGACGUCGCCCUCAAGAUUGUCGAAUUUCACAACCCAGAAGCCGCUGCCGCCCUGGGGACCACAGCGCGCACAGCCAGAGGCCCCAUUGUCCAUGAUUUAUCAGAGGCGGCAUACCAGGCUAUACGCAAGGCUGAUGUCACUCCCGAAUCAGCCUACAGCCAAAUAGAGCUGCUCAUGGUUGGUCCUGUCGCGGCCCUUGUUAUACCCGCAGUGUCGCCCACACAUCUCGCUGCCGCCCUCAGCAUCCUAUCACCAGUCCCCGGUAGCUUCCCGGCGCCGACGAGAAAGAAAAACCCGGGCUUUCAUGACCCCGUUUGUCAGAACGGCCUGGCAAAGCUGACCUUGGUUGGUGGACGCAUCGAGGGUAAGGUCUUUGACCAGGCUGGCGUUAACUGGGUUGGAAGCAUCCCUGGCGGCCUUGAGGGGCUCCGUUCCCAGCUGGUGCAUGUCCUACAGAGCGCAGGCCUAGGAAUCACAAAUGCGCUGCAGGGCAGCAGCAAAAACCUGUGGCUGGCUCUGGAGGGCAGAAAAGAGCAGCUGAACGGGGAAUAG